AUGGUGUCCCGCAUGACCCGUGUGGAGCUUGGCGAGCGUCUCCAGAAGUACCAUGGGGAAGUGGCUCCAACCAAGUGGACUCGGGCACAAUUGCUUCAUCGGCUCAGCGAGCUCGAGGGAGAGGUGAUCUUGGAGCCAAAGAGCAAGGAACUCAGCCCAUUGAGGACUCUCGAAGUGGCCAUCAACAAGGCCUCAGCUCGGAAGGCAACCCUCCAGGAGUACCUGACGGUCAACAUGGGCAUGACCCUGACGGGCACCGAGACCAUUGCUCAGCUCAAGGUGAAGGGCCUGAACCAGGCCUAUGUGAUGGCAGCUCCUCAUCCCACGGACUUCGUCGGGUUCGGCAAGCAUUGCGACAAGAAGUACGAGGAGAUCUGGAUGGAACAGCCCAGCUAUGCUCGCUGGCAGCAUGAAGCUUCAUCGCUUGGCCAAAUGGCUGGAGGAGAUACGGAGCUGGAGCAAGUGACGGAAGCCACAGCAGAGCAUUCCAAGAACCCGAAGAAGGGCUACCCAGUCAAGAAGAAGGACGCAGAGAAGUCCAGUUCAUCCUCAGAGAUGAUGGAAAUGGCUUUAGCCUUGAAGGCGCUCACCAAGGAGGUGGCCGACAUGAAGGAGGAUCGGGAGACGCGCCGGAAGCAACCCUCGGCCGCCACCUCAAGCGACUGGGAGAAAACCUCCCAGAUGCCAGCUCGAGGUUCGGAUCCUAGACUCUUGGAGUUGGCUCGCAGCUAUCAGUGUCCAACAUGUCAGGAAGCCAAACGUAUGGUGCCCCGACCUCAGGUUUCCUUGGAACCCCUUCCCCCAAAAUGGAAGGUUGUUCAGGCGGACAAUGCUUUUUGGAAUCACCCUACC